ACAGUCGGUUAACACGGGCCUGGUUCUCGCUUCACGAGCCUGCAGUGGUUCCACUCGACAUGAUGGAUCCGGUCCCGAGUUCGGUACCAGCGCACAGGUCCCCUACAAGAGUUUACAUUAACUCCUCCCACUUUACCCUCCCACCAUGGGCUUAAAGUACAGUAACGGACACGAGUGUGUGAGUGUGUGUGUGUGUGUGUGUGAGUGAGAGUCACGGGUGUGUAUUACAACAUGGCUGAGCAGGAGAUCCAGAAGAUCGGAGACAAACUCCUGUCCAUCAGGGGCUUCGUCUUUCCUGAAAACUAUGAGGACAUCCUCACACCGCAGUCCAUGGACAGGCUGGGGACAUUCCAGAUCAGAGACGAUGACGUGUUUGUGGUGACUUUCCCUAAAUCAGGUACGGUUUGGACUCAGCGGAUUCUGACGCUGCUGUAUGAGGACGAGUUUCCAGAGGCUGUGGAUCAGACUUCAUACGACCGUAUGCCAUGGCUGGAGUUUCCCCAGAAGGGGGAGGAACAUACCACUCGCCGCUCCCCCCGCCUAUUCUGCUCUCACCUCCCUGAGCAGCUCAUUCCUCGUGGCCUACAGGGCAAAGGAAAGAUCAUCUAUGUGAUGAGGAACCCUAAAGACAUCAUGGUGUCCUACUUCCACUUCACUCACUACAUGAAGUCUUUAAAGCCUUCAGAGACGUACAAUGAGGUGAUGGAGAAAUUCCUCAAUGGGCGGAUGAUUGGCGGCUGCUGGUUUAAUCACAUUAAAGGCUGGUACACCAACCAGGACAAAUACAACAUCCUGUUUCUCAGCUAUGAGGAGAUGAUCAGGGACCUGAGAGGUGCCGUUGUGAAGAUUUGUCAGUUUUUGGGAAAGAAUUUGUCGGAUGAGGUCAUCGACAGAGUGGUGAAGGAAACGAGCUUCAACAACAUGAAGAAAGACCCGAAAGCAAACUACGCAUUUUUACCUAAUGAUGUUGCAGAUUCUGGGAAAGGUGCUUUUCUCCGCAAAGGUACAGUGGGAGACUGGAAGAACUCUCUAACGGUGGCACAGAAUGAACACUUUGACCGUGUUUAUCAGGAAAGAAUGAAAGACCUGCAACUGGACUUUGUGUGGGACGUCACUGAUCUACUACACACAUAACACACUCUGAUCCUGUUUAAUACUGUUAUUAAUACUGCAAAUAUAUAUAUACACACACUCUAUA